CAGACAGCAGCCUGAGAGGCAAACCUCCUGUCCAGAGGAAGAGCCUAGGCCACAGCAGAGACAUGGAGCUCUCCUCAGCCCUUCUCCACAAAGGGCAGCUACCCUGGAGGGGACUCCUGCUGGCAGCCUCACUUUUGAUCUACUGGAGCUCUCCCACCACGGCCCAAGUCAUUGUGGAAGCAGUUCCACCCCACGUUGCUGAAGGCGCGAAUGUUCUUCUACUUGUUCACAAUCUGACAGAGACACCCCUAGUAUUUUACUGGCACAAGGGAGAAAAUCCGGAUAACAGUAACGAAAUUGCACGUUUUAUACUGUCAGAUAAUGCAAAUACAGCAGGACCUGCAUACAGUGGCAGAGAGACAAUAUACCCCAAUGGAUCCCUGCUCUUUGAGAACGUCACUCAGAAUGACACCGGAGCCUACACGUUGCAAAUGGUAAUGCAAAGCUUUGAUCGUACGAAAGUAUCCGUGCAGUUCCAUGUCCACCCACCGCUACCCAAACCCAGCAUCACAAGCAACAAUCCCAAUCCCAUGGAGGGUGAGGACUCAGUAGCAUUCAUGUGUGAGCCUGAGACUGAGAAUACAAACUACCUGUGGAGGAGAAAUGGCCAAAGCCUCUCAGAAGGUGACAGGCUGAAGCUGUCUGAGGACAACAGGACUCUCACUUUACUCAGUGUUGUGAGGAAUGACACAGGACCCUAUGAGUGUGAAACCCGGAACCCAGUGAGCACCUCCCGAAGUGACCCAUUCACUCUGAACAUUACCUAUGGUCCAGAUGUCCCGAUCAUAUCCCCCUCAAAUACUCAUUUCCAUUCAAGAAGAAACCUCAGCCUCUCCUGUCAAGCAGCCUCUAACCCACCCGCGCUGUACUCUUGGUUUGUCAAUGGAGAGCUCCUGUCAUCCCCUCAAGAGCUCUUUAUCCCCAACAUCACUACUAAUGAUAGUGGAACCUAUACCUGCUUCGUCUAUAACUCUGUCACUGGCCUCAAUAAGACCACAGUCAAGAACAUUACAGUCCUUGAGCCAGUGACUACACCCUCCAUUCAAGUGGGCAACACCACAGUCAAAGUACUGGACUCUGUGUCCUUGAACUGCUCCUCAAAUGACACUAGGAUCUACAUCCAUUGGCUCUUCAAUGGCCAGAGUCUGGAGCUCACAGAUAGAAUGAAGCUGUCCCUGGACAACAGUACCCUAAACAUAGACCCUGUCAAGAGGGAGGACUCCGGGGAGUAUCAGUGUGAGGUCUCUAAUCCAGUCAGUUCUGAGAGGAGUGACUCCAUCCAACUGGAUAUAAUAGAGCCAGUGACUACACCCUUCAUCCAAGUCGGCAACACCACAGUCAAAGAACUGGACUCUGUGUCCCUGAAUUGCUCCUCAAACGACACUGGGAUUUCCAUCCAUUGGCUCUUCAAUGGCCAGAGUCUGGAGCUCACAGAUAGAAUGAAGCUGUCCCUGAACAACAGCAACCUCAGCAUAGACCCUGUCAAGAGGGAGGAUUCCGGGAAGUAUCAGUGUGAGGUCUCCAAUCCAGUCAGUUCUGAAAGGAGUGACUCCAUCCAGCUGGACAUAAUAGAGCCAGUGACUACACCCUCCAUUCAAGUCGGCAACACCACAGUCAAAGAACUGGACUCUGUGUCCCUGACCUGCUCCUCAAACAACACUGGGAUCUCCAUCCAUUGGCUCUUCAAUGGCCAGAGUCUGGAGCUCACAGAUAGAAUGGAGCUGUCCCAGAACAACAGCAACCUCAGCAUAGACCCUGUCAAGAGGGAGGAUUCAGGGAAGUAUCAGUGUGAGGUCUCUAAUCCAGUCAGUUCUGAAAGGAGUGACUCCAUUUACCUGGCCAUAAUAGAGCCAGUGACUACACCGUCCAUUCAAGUCGGCAACACCACAGUCAAAGUACUGGACUCCGUGUCCCUGAACUGCUCCUCAAACAACACUGGGAUCUCCAUACAUUGGCUCUUCAAUGGACAGAGUCUAGAGCUCACAGAUAGAAUGAAGCUGUCCCUGGACAACAGUACCCUUAGCAUAGACCCUGUCAAGAGGGAGGAUUCUGGGGAGUAUCAGUGUGAGGUCUCUAAUCCAGUCAGUUCUGAAAGGAGUGACUCCAUUUACCUGGCCAUAAUAGAGCCAGUGACUACACCCUUCAUCCAAGUCGGCAACACCACAGUCAAAGUACUGGACUCUGUGUCCCUGAACUGCUCCUCAAACAACACUGGGAUUUCCAUCCAUUGGCUCUUCAAUGGACAGAGUCUGGAGCUCACAGAUAGAAUGAAGCUGUCCCUGGACAACAGUACCCUUAGCAUAGACCCUGUCAAGAGGGAGGAUUCCGGGGAGUAUCAGUGUGAGGUCUCUAAUCCAGUCAGUUCUGAGAGGAGUGACUCCAUCCAGCUGGAUAUAAUAGAGCCAGUGACUACACCCUUCAUCCAAGUCGGCAACACAACAGUCAAAGAACUGGACUCUGUGUCCCUGACCUGCUCCUCAAACGACACUGGGAUCUCCAUCCAUUGGCUCUUCAAUGGCCAGAGUCUGGAGCUCACAGAUAGAAUGAAGCUGUCCCUGGACAACAGCACCCUCAGCAUUGACCCUGUCAAGAGGGAGGAUUCCGGGGAGUAUCAGUGUGAGGUCUCUAAUCCAGUCAGUUCUGAAAGGAGUGACUCCAUUUACCUGGCCAUAAUAGAGCCAGUGACUACACCCUUCAUCCAAGUCGGCAACACCACAGUCAAAGUACUGGACUCUGUGUCCCUGAACUGCUCCUCAAACAACACUGGGAUUUCCAUCCAUUGGCUCUUCAAUGGACAGAGUCUGGAGCUCACAGAUAGAAUGAAGCUGUCCCUGGACAACAGUACCCUUAGCAUAGACCCUGUCAAGAGGGAGGAUUCCGGGGAGUAUCAGUGUGAGGUCUCUAAUCCAGUCAGUUCUGAGAGGAGUGACUCCAUCCAGCUGGAUAUAAUAGAGCCAGUGACUACACCCUUCAUCCAAGUCGGCAACACAACAGUCAAAGAACUGGACUCUGUGUCCCUGACCUGCUCCUCAAACGACACUGGGAUCUCCAUCCAUUGGCUCUUCAAUGGCCAGAGUCUGGAGCUCACAGAUAGAAUGAAGCUGUCCCUGGACAACAGCACCCUCAGCAUUGACCCUGUCAAGAGGGAGGAUUCCGGGGAGUAUCAGUGUGAGGUCUCUAAUCCAGUCAGUUCUGAAAGGAGUGACUCCAUUUACCUGGCCAUAAUAGAGCCAGUGACUACACCCUUCAUCCAAGUCGGCAACACCACAGUCAAAGUACUGGACUCUGUGUCCCUGAACUGCUCCUCAAACAACACUGGGAUCUCCAUCCAUUGGCUCUUCAAUGGCCAGAGUCUGGAGCUCACAGAUAGAAUGAAGCUGUCCCUGGACAACAGUACCCUUAGCAUAGACCCUGUCAAGAGGGAGGAUUCCGGGGAGUAUCAGUGUGAGGUCUCUAAUCCAGUCAGUUCUGAGAGGAGUGACUCCAUCCAGCUGGACAUAAUAGAGCCAGUGACUACACCCUCCAUCCACGUUGGCAACACCACAGUCAAAGUACUGGACUCUGUGUCCCUGACCUGCUCCUCAAACGACACUGGGAUCUCCAUUCAUUGGCUCUUCAAUGGCCAGAAUCUGGAGCUCACAGAUAGAAUGAAUCUGUCCCUGGACAACAGCACCCUCAGCAUUGACCCUGUCAAGUGGGAGGAUUCCGGGGAGUAUCAGUGUGAGGUCUCUAAUCCAGUCAGUUCUGAAAGGAGUGACUCCAUUUACCUGGCCAUAAUAGAGCCAGUGACUACACCCUCCAUCCAAAUCAGAAACACCACAGUCAAAGAACUGGACUCUGUGUCCCUGAACUGCUCCUCAAACAACACCGGGAUCUCCAUCCAUUGGCUCUUCAAUGGCCAGAGUCUGGAGCUCACAGAUAGAAUGAAGCUUUCCCUGAACAACAGCAUCCUCAGCAUAGACCCUGUCAAGAGGGCGGAUUCCGGGGAGUAUCAGUGUGAGGUCUCCAAUCCAGUUAGUUCUAAGAGGAGUGACCCCAUCCAUCUGACCAUAAUAGCUGACACAACACAAGGGAGUUCUGGCCUCUCGGGGGGUGCAAUUGCCGGCAUCGUCGUUGGAUCUGUGGCUGGGGUGACUCUGAUAGCAGCCCUGGCAUAUUUCCUUUGUUUCUAGGAGAAAUAAGGGGGAUCACGUGGUAUACACUGUCCUGAACAUCAACGGCCAGACACUCAAACCAUCAACUUCAGCCUUGACAUCUUCAAGAGCCACAGAAACAGUUUAUUCAGAACUAAAAAGGAAGUGAUCAUGGCCUGUCAUGCUGGCUGCACCAAUGAUGCAUUUCCAGACUCUCAUCCUCACUAGGAGAUCUCUGUACCAUGAGAUGAGGAAACACAUGUGUGUAUGCGCGCACACACAGCUCCAGGCGGCAGCCUCUCCUUCAGUAUCAAUAGAAGGAACAAUGUAUUCUGGAGCCUACGGGAAACCCAACCUUUCUUGGAAUUGAAACUUGGCUGAGAAAAGGGCAUCAAAGCUGCCCACCAUCCACUCCCCUAGCCAUGGCUUGUUUUAAAUUGACCUAUUCAGAGCACAGUCAUUCUCCCCAGCUCCAGUCCUGUCCUAGCACAGUCUGACUUGAAUUACUAUAAUCUUGGACAUCACCUAACUGCUUAUGCCAAAAAACAAAGGAAAAGCAGGAAAUGGGCAUUCCUGUGUCUUUAAAGCCAGAUGUGAAGCCAUCGUACACGGGAAGAUCAAGGCUCAGCCAGAGGUCUCAGGAAAUCUCCACGCCAACCAUCAUGCUUUCCUGGCUGUGGCAUCAGGGUCUCUGUAUGUUGUGCAUUUACACCUGAGCCCACCUCUGAGCCUUUCUCCAGAAAACCCACUCAAAGCAGCUAGCAAAGCUCUUUGGCAGCAUCCACUGCCAUUGCUAACACAGAGGACAGGUGCAAAGACAGCAUCUCUAGCCUCUACCAGGAAGGAGUCCAGAAAAGCAGGGCUGGUGAACUGACAGUCUCCUGGAAACUGAAAACAGAACAGAAAGAUACCCUAUGUGGAGCAUUGAGAUUGUUUCUAAAGAAGCCACGUUUGGAGGUACUGGAGUUUUCUGCUCUGUAAGACAACCCACUAUUUGAAUUUUUGUUAACUGCUGACUUUGCUCAGUGUGUGAGCUGAUAGGUCUGCCUUAGGGGCAAGAAGCCACUGCACCUCUGGCUCCCUUGGCCAGGAUCAAAAGGCCUCUCAAGCCCUUUUGAUCAAGAGUUCCAAAGAAAAGUGAAUAAAUGAAUAACAAGGCAAGUCACUUGCAGAACCACUGCCUACUAUCGAGAAAAGCCUCUUACUUCCCUGAAUUUGUCAGAAAAGCCUGACUUUUUCCAUGUCUUCUUUAUUGCUGGGCACUGGCCAGAGCCUACACAAUAUUUCUCUGACACUUUUGGCUUCCUUGCUCUCUCCCUGGAGCUCACCUGCCCCCACCCUUUGUAGGCUGCCAGCUGAACUCUUGCCUGACUCAAAGACCAGCCAUUCCUCCUCCACUCCAACCCCUCUCCAGGCUGAUGCUUAGAUUUACAGCUCGUCUGCCUUGCUGUUUUGCUUUUAAACUCUAACAUAAAUUGUCCUCGGCUUCAACAACUAACAACAGGCUUUCGUCAUUCCCACCCGGCUCCUGGAGAUCCAGGACCAGCUUCCAAGUACCCUUCUGCAGUGUUUCUGCCUGUGCAUAGUUUGCCCUUUCUUUGGAUUCUCUUGUUGACUUAUUUUUUUUUUUUUUGAGACAGAGUUUUAGCAUGUAACCUGAACAGGCUUCAAUAUCACAAUAACAGUUUCUACAAUCUCCCUCCUGCUGAGAUUACAGCACAGGCCACCAAGCCCAGUGGCUUGUGCAUUCCCUGACUGCCCUACACUCUCAGGAAUCCUUAGCCCCUG